GAUCCAGUAACACCUUUUUUCCUACUGCUAAAAGUUGCUAAGGUUCCUCUUGAUUUGGACACGCUGUUGACCCAUCAUUGAGACUGUUUCCCAGGACCUCUGCAGGAAACAACUUCUGUGGGCAAGAAUGGGCUGCCGGGAUGUUCAUGCAGCAACAGUACUGGCCUUCCUCAGUGGAACAGCCUCAGUAGCUGGACUCCUUGCAGCAGUUCUGCUUCCAAACUGGAGGCAAAUGAGACUGUACACAUUCAACAAGAAUGAGAGGAAUGUGACCGUUUACACUGGACUCUGGAUUAAGUGCGCUCGCUUUGAUGGGAGCAGAGACUGUGUGAUAUAUGACCCACAGUGGUACACUGCUGUCGAUCAACUGGAUUUGCGUGUUCUUCAGUUUGCCCUUCCACUGAGUAUGUUAACUGCUGUCUCAGCUCUGUUUCUCUGCUUGAUUGGCAUGUGUAACACAGCCUUUGUAUCAAGCGUGCCAAACAUCAAAUUGGCCAAAUGCCUUGUAAACAGUGCAGGCUGCCAUCUCGUGGCUGGCCUCUUGUUCCUGCUCGCGUGUGCCAUUUGUCUCACUCCGUCAAUCUGGGUCAUUUUUUAUAACAAUUAUCUGAACAGAAAAUAUGAGCCUGUCUUUAGUUUUGACAUCUCUGUAUUUAUUGCCAUUGCCAGCGCUGGCGGUCUGUUUUUCACUUCCAUUCUGCUGUUUCUGUGGUACUGUGCAUGUAAAAGCCUACCUUCUCCUUUUUGGCAGCCCCUCUAUUCCCAUGCCCCGAGCAUGCACAGCUAUGCCUCUCAGCCGUAUUCUGCACGCUCUCGCCUCUCUGCCAUAGAAAUUGACAUUCCUGUUGUGACACAUGCAUCUUAAGAAGACAAAGUCUUGGAAGCCAAGUUCUUGUGCUCAUUCAAACCCUGAAAAUUGCAGGCUUGACUCUCUCUGCUGCCUUGCACUGAGCAUAAUAAUUUGUAAGGUUGAGUUUCCCAAGGUGCAAAGCAAUGGAGACCCGAGUUCAGCAAGUCCGCUGCUGUUCUCAUCUGUUACUUUCUGACCAACGUUUUUGGUUUUUUUUUUUUAACUCUGAGCUCAGUACAGACAAAAUUGCUGCUAAUGCUGGGACAGUACACUAACAAUAGUAUCCGUUCAUCCUUCUGCUUACUGAGAUCAAAGCAGGUUUGAACCUCUGCUAUUUGAUAAGCUAUUAUUUGAUUCUGAUCUCAUUGUAAGAGCUACAUAGGUGGACCCUUGCACCCAUGCAUUAUCCAAAUGCAGGCAGUGGAAAUGCGGGCAGGGGGUUCACUGAGUUUCUUGUUCAGCUAGACUUACAUAUUUUAAGAUGUGAUGUCUGAAAAGGGUAUCUGGCAGACUAAUUCAGAUCUGUAGCACUGUUCUUUGUUUUCCCCUGCACACACAAAAAGCUACCCGCUUACGAACUUCUGCAAUAGAAUUAGUGUCAAAUUACCCUUUAUUUUCAAAGUAGCUAUCAGAAGAAAUAAAACUGAUUUAACUAAUAAUGUUCUUCUGUACUGUAAUAGCAUUUUGUGGAUUACUGGAGGCUAGAAACUUUUUUGUGAAUUUUAUUUCUAGUCUGUUUUUUAAUAAGUUAGCAAAUUCACUAGAUCUAUUUUGUGAUUAAAACAAAAACCACUUGUAUUUAAAAAUUUUGUUUAGAAGCUUGAAUAUUGUAUUUGAAGGCCAUCUUAAAGAUGGAUUUUCAAGUAGGCUUUAAAGUAUUAUUCAGUUCUGGAGAGAAAUGUCAUUCGCUGCAAAAUGGAUUGGGAAAACCAUGAGGAAUUCUGAAGGCUAUGAAAGAUUCUUUUGGAACACUGUACACAAGCUAUAACACAUCUCUCUAGGAAGGGGAUUUUAACCCUGGGGAAAGAUUUUUAAAUCUAGAUUUAUUUUUUUUUCAAUGUAUAUACAAGUAACGAUGAGCUUGUGUAUUUUUCAGAGUUGAUCUCUAUGGUUGUUGGACUUUUCAUGCUGUAGCUUAUUUAAUUACUGGUGAAGACUUACUGAACAAGACUUCAGCCUUGUUCUUCAACACCUUUCAAGUUGAGCUAUUUUAAAAUCCAGUUAUUUCCUAUGUUGCCACCUCACAACUGGAGAAAGUUUCCCAUCCCUAUUUUCUGUAAGAUGAGGUUUUGAAUAACUUGUGAGCUUCACCUUGUAGCUCUACAAGGAUGAGGAGGGAUUAUAAAUUCCCAACCUGGGGUGUCUUUAAAUCAUUUUUUUCCUUCUAAAAUGCAGAGCAGGUCAGCCCUAAGGAUCAAAGCUUUUCAAUAUGGGCUUUGAAAUUACUUGGAAAUUUGAUGACAGUGAGUUGAAGAGUGUUAUAAUUAAGGCAAGUAUCUGAUUUGCUCUGAUUUUGGCAAAUUGUGAUCUUGUGUUUAAGAUGUCAUUCCAGUAAGGAAAGUUAUUUUGAUUGGUGGCAUUCUGGAGCUUAGCAGAUAUUUGUAUUUCAUUAAUCCCAGAACAAGUUUGCUAAAAAAUCAAAUAGAGUUCUUUAAUUCCAGUUCUGUAAACUCAUCCGAGGUCUUGGAAGUUAGUUCGUUCCCUUUUUCCAUGCAUUAGAAAUAGGAACAAAUGCUGUGCAGGGCAAAUCUUGUUCUGUUACAAUCUGUGCAAUAACAGUAUAUUAAGAGGAAUCAUUGUGUUUUGACUGAUAGACCUUGGACUUCAGUGGACUGACCGAGGAGGCUGAUCUCUGUCAUAAAUUCCCAGCACAGUCAGUAAGGUGACAGGCCUUUCAGACAGAGUGCCUGAUUAAAUUGCAGUCUAAGGAAUUAACAGUGUAGAUGAUAAAGAAUAUUUAAGGAGAUAGGCCUCUAAAGUUACAUGAAUUUAAUACCCUUAGGUUUACAAGGUAUGAUGUUAGAUGAAGUAUCUUUUUUUUUCUUUUAAUGAGAUCAUGACUUGUAUGGGAUUAGAACACGUAUAAUGACAUGCAAGCCAGCUUUUUUUUCUUCAAAAUUGAACUUUGCUUUACCGUCACUCUGGUUGUCCAACCUUAGAUACUGUUGCUAUUUCAGCUGCCCAUAUCCUUACAUACCUUUGUCAGCUCAAAGCAAAGGGACAACUGGUUUGUGAUUUCAUGUCAGCUUGCUUCCCCAUCACUCCCAGUGUCUUUUCUUCUUUGUGCCUUGCUUAAGUUAUGAGUUGGCCAGUAAAUGUUGGUUUACAGUCAGCGUCUGGUAUGCUUUUUGAGCCUGAAUUUACAAAGCAUUUUGAUCAUUUGGGAGGGAUGAUGAAUACAUCUCUCGGUGACUUUAAAAGGAGCUGAAUCUCCAGUAUCUCCAGAGCAAGAAAGGCAGCCUGGCAAACUGAUGUUUCUGUAGAGAGUAAAUGCAGCCAGUGUUUUGUUCUGUACACUUUAAAUAGCAGAUGUCUCUGACAGCUCUUUUGUAUUCUGACUUUGAUUUUUAUGCACUAAACUUUCAAUCAGUAUUUGCUGCUGCCUAAGCUGAUAACUUGUUGCUUUGAAAAUUGUGUCUUUCCAAAAGUCUGAGGUGGGUCUGAGUUACGAAAAGCGGGAAUUCAAAAGUUAGUGGAUUCCAGCGUAGGUUUCAGUUACAGUCAUCUUUAUCAAAAAGACUGUUGCAUCAUGUUGUAUCACCAAAGCACGGCUGGGUUUCUUUCAACAGUGCUGUUAAUGUGAGUUUCUGCUGGAUCCUAAGUGAAAUUAACUGGAAGUGCUGUGCUGUAUUUCUCCUUCUUUACAGAAAGAGGUGGCUGACCUGUGACACUUGAGCCGAGUGCCACUCCAGCAUUUCUCUUGCUAAGGUUACCAUCGUGCCCAGCGGCAGGGCCGGGGAGUGACAGGCCUCCCUGGAUUUGGAGAGAAGAACGCAUGUAUCCUGCAUGUAUCUCUGCCAGGGAACAGCCGCUGUGGAGCGGUUAGCACCCCUGCCUCUGACCAGCUGCUCCUUCCUGGGCACGUUGCUGUGUACAGGACAGGCACUCUGGGCCUUGAACACAGGAAGAUUUUAAUUUGUGGCUCAUGCAGUCAAAGGUUGGGUGCUCUGGGAUUACGGGAAUCUGUAUUUUUUUCAAGUAAUUCCUGUCCAACUUCUUACAUUGUGUUUAAUUACAGUGUUGGUUCUUUUUAUGUGAAACAGAAGAUAUGUAUUUUUAAUAAAACAUUCUCAUAC